AUGUGCACCAUGCAAUGCCUUGUGAAUGUAUGCCAAUGCAAAGAUGGCUUUUUCCGCAAUUCACAAAACCGGUGUGUCUCCAACUGUAGCGAAAGCGAAGAAAUCUGCGGUGUGAAUGAGGAACUGAAGAGAUGUGGUACAGCUUGCGAACCGACAUGUGACCAGCCAAUCCGAUCCUGCACAAAAGAUUGCGUCCUAAAUGUUUGUCAGUGCAAGGAAGGCUUCCUUCGCGAUGCCAACAACACCUGCGUUCCUGAACAAGAAUGUCCACGAAAUAUCACCUGCGGCCUGAACGAAGAAGUCAAAAAAUGCGGAACAGCUUGUGAACCAACUUGUGCCGAUCCGAUUCCUAAGUGUACCAAACAAUGUGUGGGUCCUGUCUGUCAGUGCCGUGACGGUUUCAUUCGGGACUCAUCAGGAACUUGUAUUCGUGAAGAAUCCUGUCCUCUGAGUACGUUCUUUCUACUCUCCAGCUUUUCUUUCUUUGUAGAAGGCAGAACGCCGUUCUCCCUAACUCGGCCGAGCCGCCAGAAAGCUCCACGGUGCGAGCGUAAAUCGGAGGUUGUUCCCUUCGACAUUGAAAACGUGAAUUGCUUUGAGAAGCGAAGUGCACAAACGGAUCGGCUUCCCAUUUUUGGCUCUAAGUUGUCAACAAUUUUCUGUAAAUUCUCUGAGAAUAAUACUUGA